UGCAGCGAGCCGGAUUUGUCCUUUCCAAGGAGCCGAAUGCAGCGCUGCGAGCCUCGAGUGUCACCACUGCGAUAUCCCCGCCACACCGAGCAGCGUCCGCCGGCGAAAAGGAAGAAAAGCGGCCGAACGGGCGUAGAGGGUGGGCUCCGCGCUCUGAGGGCGGGCUCCGGGGCGGUAACGGUCACCUACGGGAGGCGGGCGGCCGCCAUCUUGAGGCGGAGGGGAGGAGCGCCCCGCGAGGCCGGAGCGGGACAGGCGGGCAGCGGGUCUCGGUACAGCCACUUAGAGAAGAUGACAGAUUUGGUGGCUGUUUGGGAAGUAGCUUUAAGUGACGGUGUUCAUAAAAUUGAAUUUGAGCACGGGACCACUUCAGGAAAACGUGUUGUCUAUGUUGAUGGAAAGGAAGAAAUACGAAAAGACUGGAUGUUUAAAUUAGUGGGUAAAGAAACAUUCACUGUUGGAGCAUCCAAAACAAGAGCUACUAUUAACAUUGAUGCAGUCAGUGGCUUUGCAUAUGAGUAUACUUUGGAGAUCGAUGGAAAAAGCCUCAAGAAGUAUAUGGAGAACAGGUCAAAAACAACCAAUACUUGGAUACUGAGCUUGGGUGGUACAGACUACAGAGUUGUUCUAGAAAAGGACACUAUGGAUGUGUGGUGCAACGGUAAAAAAAUGGAGACAGCGGGUGAAUUUGUAGAAGAUGGAACUGAAACUCACUUCAGUGUUGGUGAUCACAGCUGUUACAUUAAGGCUGUCAGUAGUGGAAAACGAAAGGAAGGGAUUAUUCACACUCUUAUUGUGGAUGACAGAGAAAUUCCAGAGGCUGUGGAGUAGCUUCUAGUUAACUGAUUGUUGUAGGACUAAGAUCACGUACUUUCAAUUACUGUGGUAAUUAUUUUAAUAAGAGGCAUUUGGACAAUGCCCUCAAUAACACACUUUAGCUUUCGGUUAGCCGUGCAGUGGUCAGGCAGUUGGACAUGCUGAUCAUUGUGGGUUCCUUCCAGCUGAACUAUUCUCCAUGUACUUGGUACAUCUAGUUUGUGCUGGGCUCAAUUUUAGCUUCUGUACAUGAAAUUCAUCUUUUUGAGGACCAGAUGCACAUAACUAUAUACAACAUCUUACAUUACCAGUUUUUUAAAAACUCUAGAGAGAAAUAUUAUAUUGCUAAGGGCAGAGAGGGCAGGUGAACUUGAGAAGAAAUUAUUAUUAUUUUUUUCUAGUAUACAUUAAUACUGAAUACUUUAUAUGGAGGGAGAAAGCACAUGCUGAGCACUGGAGAAAGAUGUUAAAAUUCUCCUUUUUUUUUUUCUUCUUUUAAACAUAUUUCCAUUGUUCUUCAGAUCCAAUUAGGAAAACAGUUACAUAAUAAAAAAGUUACUAAAUACAUUUUUACUAGUCCUUGUGUAACUGAGUUAAAAUUUUACCUUGCUAUGAAAGCUAUGGUUUAUUCAGAGUAGGAGGAAAGAUGAGAUGCUAUGCCAAAAAAAAUCCCUAAAGUUUCUCAAAAAUGAUGCUUGUUAGAAAUUGUUGCAGUAGUUCUGAAGUUCUGUACUGAUUUUAAACACCUUCCCACCCACACAAAGAAGAAAGUGACAAGUUUUCUGCCGUGAACCCCCCUUAAAAAAUGAAAGCUCUUGAAGCAAGCUGAGAUAAGAACCUCUUCUAUAUAGUCUAACCUUUAUUAGCUACAGAUAGCUGUAGGUUAACGUGUGGCAGUUCUGGCAAUAAUGUGUGAAUAAGGAAAUGAGGAAAUGCAGGACAGAACUGGAGAAGAAAAAUUGAUUGAUUAAAUGGGAAAGUUAAGACAGGAGUAGAAUCCUUGUGUUUCUCCAAUGCCAGUUGCCUGAGGUGGUUUUUAGAAGCUCAUGUGUGGGGGAGGCACAUUGCCCAUUUAACAUUGCAUUAGACUCACACCUUACAAAAGGUGCCUGUUUUGCCACGAUGACAUGAAUAACUUUUUAAAAAGAAUAUAUUUAUUUGAAAGUAUCAUUUCGAAAAUCUUUUUCCACUUGCAAUCCCCUGAAGACUUCAGAAUUAGACUCUCAGAACUUAAUUUCUCUUGGGGUUUGUAAAUGCCUACUCUUAAGUAUUUACUGCCUUCAGGUCGCUGUGGAAGCGCUGUGGACGUACCUAGCUACGACGCUGACAAUAACCCCUACAACAUAGCAGUAGGGCAGGUUAUUGGAGAGCAGUUUGAAGUUGUGGGUUGAACCAGUUCUCUACUUCCAUGGUAGCCUUUCAAAAAGAUUGAACAGCACCGAGAAAUCUGAACCUCAAAUAUGCUUCAAGUCAUGUCUUUAAACACUACGAGGAAAAAUAACAGAUAAGCAGAUAGUAUUAUUUGUACUCUUUAUUUUGAAUACGUGAAUCUGUACUGCUUCAAAUCUCUUAACUGAUAAAAACUAAUAACAGCUGCUGUUAGAAAUCUUGAAGAAUUGCCACACGUUUGUCAUAACUUUACUGAACAGCAAAUCCUGAGGUGGAAAACAGCAUUCACCUGCUGCAUUCACACGUCACGAUGCAUUCACAAAUGUAAGAAUCAAACCAACCUUGAUUUCUUGGGUUUCAAAACUAUAUGCAAUACCUUAGAUUAAGACAGUGUAAUGAAAGAAAGAAAAUGCAAAUGUAUAAUGUAUAGUCACGUGCUAAGAAUACUAUAAGGCAUAUAAAGUAUUUUAAACUAUUC